AUGUUUCCGGCCGACAUCGCCCACGCGUUUAGCAAUCGCUAUCAAGCCUCUCUCCUACUUACUGGAGUCACACGCUGCUCUCGCUGUCAACUGUCGCCGACAGAGGAUGAAAAGCUGAGGAGGCCGACGAAACAGAGGGCGAGCGAAACACUACGCGAUCUGCACACUGUGACGGCAGCCAUGCGUGCUGAGCUACUACUGGUGUUCGUAGCAAGCUCUCUCAGUCAAAAAGCGUUCCGAUCACGACGAAUCGGCACCGAAGGGCAGGUGAUCUCGAAACUGCUCACCGAUUACGAUCCAGCAACUCGCCCUCCAGUUCGAGACAAUGCUGACCACUCUUCUAUUCUUGUGAUCACAAACAUCUUUAUCAACCGAGUCACAUGGCAAGAUAAUCGAGCUGAGGUCGACCUAUACCUCAGACAACAGUGGGAGGACGGUCGUCUUCAGUACGAUGUUGAUCCACGAGAGGAGAUCGAGCAGGUAUCCAUCCCGAGUAAUCGCAAAAUAUGGGUGCCAGACACAUACUUCUCAACGGGUAACGAGCUGCGCAGCGAAAACCGUCAAAGUCUCUUCGUCGAGCCUUCCGGACACGUGCGCUCAUCGCAACAAAGAACACUUGACGUGCCGGUGACAUACGGGAGCUCCUUUCCAUUUCUAAAUCGGAAGUCGUUCACUCUUCGACUCGCCAGCUACGCUUAUCCACUCGAAGACGUCGUUUACUUAUGGGCGAAUUCUCCACCAUUUGUGAAUCCUGUUGAGGUGUCUAACGAUUUGCUCAGCGGCCCUAUCACUUUCGAGGAAGCCAGUGCUGGUGAUUGCCUAGGAAAUUUUACCCUUGGCACAUAUUCAUGCAUCGAUGUGGUGGUCACGUUUGCCGCCUCCACUUUCGGUUCCUUAGUGUCGUGGUUCUUACCUACUCUGCUCUUGGUGGUAGCCUCAUGGCUGCAUUUCUGGAUCCAUGGCAGUUGGUCAGUGCCACGUACGAUUUCCGCUGCAGUUCCUUUCCUCAUCUUCGCCAUCCUUUUUCUCUUCCGACGUGACGUUGCAACUGCUACCCCUGGAGUGUGCUGCUGGUUCGCUUUCUGCCUCAUUCUCACCUUCUUAUCGUUGAUAGAAUAUUUCAUCGUGAUAUGCUGUGGAAUCCGGCGUUCAUUUCGAUACACUGCAAAUGGUCAUCCAGAGGAAAACCCUAUCGGGGCCGCAAAAGAGACCUUGGAAGUUGCGUACAGCUCCAAAUGUGCGAAUAUUAGGAACAACAACGCCCUUGAUAUCAUCGCUCGCGUCCUGUUUCCCGUCAUUUUUGUUCUCUUCCUAGUGCUUUACUUCAUUUUCAUAGUUUAA